GUGAUUUUAUUUUAUUUACGAUUAGUUUCGAUUAGUUUCAAUUUGGUUUUCAUUUGUAAAAAAUUGAAAAUCAGGUUCUCGAAAAAGUUUCGUUAAAAUAUAGGUGUUACCUAAUCCACAGAUGCAUGGGAGAUGUGUCCCUUCUGAUAAUUUAGCAAAGAACAAAAAUGAACAGAACUCCACAGCAGGUAGGAUGCAGUGAUUCUGGAUCGCAAGGCUAUGCACAGUGGCCUCUAAAUCCAUCAGCUUAUCAAAACACGGCAAAUGAUCAAGUUGAUUGGGCUGCAUUAGCACAGCAAUGGAUUAUCAUGAAAGAAGCCGGACCUCCAGUCCCAGAUCAAAUUGCAUCAACUGCUGUUCGUCCAUUGAUCGAAAAACAACCAAGCAAACAAAACUUAACCGAAGCUGGAGAAGCACCGAUGGACGUGGAAAACGAGAAAGAUGAACCAGUUCUUCCCCCAUGGAAUGAUAACAGUGUUUCAAGUGAUAGUUCAUGGAGUUGGAAUCAACAGCAACAACAGUGGAACUGGGCUAACACAUGGACCCCUCCUUCAGGUGUUCCACCUCCUGGUCCUCCACCUCUAAAGGCCCCAUUACUACCUACUCCCGCACCUUUUAAUCAAUACAAUUCUACAACUGAUUCGUCAGUAAAUGAAAAUUAUGGAGGUUACAGUACAGUGUCAAAUGAUUACACUACUGGCUAUUGGACAACAUCAAAUGCAGCUAAAAUAAAACCUCAUAAUAAACGUUACAGUAAAGUUAAUGUACCAAGGCCUGCACCUGUUAAUGCCCCUGAACCUGUUACUUUGGAUGCAAACAAACGUAAACAACUUCCAGCUUGGAUAAGAGAAGGAUUAGAAAAAAUGGAAAGGGACAAACAAAAAAUGCUUGAAAAGGAACGCGAACGAUUGGAAAGAGAACAACAAGUAGAAAAGACAACUGUUGAUCAAACUGAAGCCAUGGAAAUUAUAAGAUCAACAGUAAAACAAAAAGAAAGUAAAAGUAAAUUUGAGAGCGAUGAAGAGCCUUGUGAUCAUGAAAGUGAUGGUAAAAGAACUCCAGAAGUGCCAAAACUAUCCCAGGAAGACUUGAUGCUCAAAGUUCGACGUACAAUGACAGAGAUCUUGCUAAAGGUGACAAAUAAGCAAAUACUGGAAAUAUGUAAGGAAGAAUUGCAAAGACAUUUAAGAAAAAAUAAAGCAUCAGAUCAGAGCGUAUCCGCACCGAGCGGAACCAACAUUACGAACAGACUCGGACUUGGAAUGUAUGAAGACAUGGAAAGUAGCAGUGAUAACAGCAGCGACGAACAAGAAAGAAAAAGUUAUGAUUCAGAUACUGAACUAAAGAAUACUAUAAGGAAGAAAAAAGCAGAGUUUUCCAAGACAGAACGUCUUAUUGAAGAAAAAUUAUCGGCAGCCGAAAGAAACCGUGAUGAUAGCAGGGCUGGUACACCCAGAGACGACAUUAAUGAAUCACAGGUAGACGCAAACAAUCAAGGGUCUAAAAGAAGACCCAGUAAUGGUUCUGAUCGUCAGAAACGUUGCGUUUCAUCUCGCAGUUCGUCGACCUCUUCUUCUUCAUCCGUGAGCAAUGCUGAAAGCGAAAAAUUGAAACGACGUUCAACUCAAAGGAAGUCGACCAGAAGAAGCAGAUCAUCUUACGAAGCCAACAGCGAUUGCGGCGGAUAUUCUAGUAGUGAAAGCAGCAAGUCCCGAACUCCGGAAACAAGAUUCCAACGACAAAUAUCAAGAGAGAGCGAGAAAUCAAAACCUGAGCCAACCUCGAAUACAAAGCGUCGCCGAAAGCAAUCGAAGUCACCCGAUCGAAGACGAAAACAGUCGAAAUCGCCCGAUCGUCGGCGAAAACAAUCGAAAUCGCCUGGGAGACGUCGUUCGUCUUCGACGGAAAAGGUCGAAAAACGCAAACCAUCUUCACAUCGCAUCAAACAGCCUAACAGGCGAUCACGUUCUAUACGAUCUAGGUCAAAAGAUAGACGUUCAAGGUCAUCAUCGAUGAGAUCACGAAGAUCAGACUCUCAUUCACGUCACGCCCGUUCUAGAUCAAGAAAGAGAACAAGGACUCGAUCUAGAUCGAGGGAAUCGAAGCACUACAAACGUGAUUCUGGAUCGAAAUACGGUGGAAGAAGAUCGGAAGACAGAAAAUCGAGACGCACCAGGUCUAGAUCCAGAUCACGCAAUAGAAACGAUAGAACGAGAAGAAGGUCUUCGUCAAGACGCAGAUCACCUGUGUCGCGCAUCAGGUAUCACAGAUCUCGAACGCGAAGUCGCAGUAGGGGUAAGAGGUCAGAGAGACGUUGAGAAUGCUGCGAUAGUGUCAGCAGGUUGUGUAUUUUCAUUCUUUUUUUAUUUUACCAUUUGUGUGUUGGUAGAGGGCUGGUCUCCUAAAUACAAGGAACCUUACCAUUAGUCUUAAUUACCAUUCUAAUAAAUUAAUUGUUAUUAAAAUGUUCCGUGGUAAUAACUCACAAAAUAAUUGUGUGUGAUGAUCUUCAGAUGUCUUACGAUUUCUUAUGUGGUUGACGUAUUAAGAACAAAAAGUAUAAAUUACUAUUUAUUACUAAUCUUGGCAACUAAGACAAUGCGACGUUUAUUUAAAGAUUUCUGAAGAUUCCUACUUGCAAGAAAUAUGAUUUUAACAAGGUAAAUAGUGGUAAGGUUCCCUUUUUUGUAAAUAAUAACCAAGAUUUACAUAUUUCAGGAGUACCUAUCAUUAAUUAUUAAUUUUCUGAAAGCAAUAUUUUUUCUUUUUUUAUGAAUAGAUCGGAUUAACUAACAGUAAAAAUUAAAAACCCCACAUUUUGUCCCUAGGUGUUUUGCUUGCCUAAAUUUAGUGAAUUUAUUUUGAAGUGAUCUACACAAAAGUGUAAUAUUUAUUUAUUAAAAAAUCUUAAAACUUAGAGGCGUAAACAAAAGGAGCCAUGAGAGUGACCCCUCCUCAAAAAAAUAAAAUUGUACGAUAAAUCAAGUAGGUGUCCAGCUGGACGAACUGCGAGACUUUAAAAAAUGUAUUUAAUGGAAACCAUUGAGACUUUGUAAUUUUGUAAAUGAUGUGAAGAGGAAUCUUAAAAGCGUUUAUAAUUCAGGCAAACAAAUUCACGUAUUUAUACACAAAAAUAUGUGUAGUAAUGAUUUGUGUUUAACUUUUUUGGUAUGACUCCCACAGAAAAUGGUUAAAUACGCGCCUAGUAAAACAUUGAUAAUUAUUCGGCAAAGUAAUAUUUUUGUGUUUCUUCAUAUUAAAAAGUUUUGCUUUAAAAUUCCAAAUUUUAUUUUAAGUAAAAUUAAUUUGUGAUACCAAGGUAUUAGGACGUUGUUUAUAAAAAUUAAAUGGUGAGUUGAUUAUUGAUAUAUAUAGGAUUUAAUUAAUAAACUUCGAUCAUUUAGUUCAAAAUAAGCUAGUGAAAUUUUUGUCAUAAUAGUUUUCAGGAUUUAUUAAAUUAUGUAAAGCAAUUUUGUACAUAAAACUUUCUCUGAACACCUUGUAUAUAUUAAAAUAAUUUACAAUUAUGAAUUCAUAAAUUUGUUCUUUUUAGAAAAGUUUCAACAUAUUUCUUAGGUGAAAGUAUAAACCAGUGCCAUUCUAGGUCCAAUUCUCCAAUACAAACGUUUUAAAUGUGCAUAUUUAUAUAUUUCUUCUUGUUCAGGUUCGUAAAACAUUUGAAUUCAUCUUUCUUCCAAGCUGAAGAGGAGGUGCUAGUAAAGUUCUUACAUACUUCCUUUUUAUUACUUUAACAAUGAAUAUUUAUAUUUAAAGUUUUAAUUAAGUUGAAAUUUAUACUUAACAGAUUGGAAUCCGAUGUUUGUUGUCAAUAAUAAAAUUACAUAAUUGGAAAUAUA